AUGGCGGUCCGCAGGAACAACGCCGGCCUGGAGGGCGGACGUGACGGCGCUGACGAGCACCGGGAGCUGCUCGAGCAGCUGGCUCAACGAACGCAGGAGCGUACGGAGCUCAGCCGCAUCGGGAGCCGUGGGGGCCCCUGGGGCGGCCUCCAAGGCAGGAACAGAAGGCUGCGGCGGGACCGCAGGAGGCGGCGUUGGCGGGGGCACAGCCCGAGGGGCAGACCGCCGUUGCGGGGCAUCAGGGGCUGGACGUUCCGCCGCGGCACGCCGCGGUCGGCGGCGGCGCCGGCGGAGGGCGGUAACUGGUGCGGGAGGCGAGGGUGCAGGGGCAGCAGCCGCAUCGGACGAGGCAGGCUGCUGCGGCGCAGCGCCAUCGGAGGCAGCGGGCCGCUGAGAGGAGGGGGAAACAGCAGCGAUAUUGACAACAUUCCAUAUACACUACCUUGGUGGCGGCAAAUCUUAUGGAGUGUCUUCUUUGGAGGCAUCGUUAUAGUAGGAACCGGAGGAAACCUGAUUGUGAUGUGGAUUGUCUUGGCGCACAAGAGGAUGCGCACAGUUACCAACUACUUCCUCGUCAAUCUUUCGAUAGCUGAUGCGAUGGUGUCAACACUAAACGUCACCUUCAAUUACACGUACAUGCUGAACAACGACUGGCCAUUUGGGGAGACGUACUGCAAGAUCACUCAGUUUGUCGCCGUCCUCUCCAUCUGUGCUUCGGUCUUCACGCUCAUGGCUAUAUCAAUCGACAGGUACUUGGCGAUUAUUCGGCCGCUGAAGCCACGCAUGGGCCGGCGCACCACUCUGGGCAUCGCGGGCGGCAUCUGGGUUCUGGGCUCGCUUAUGUCGCUGCCCAUGCUGCUGUUCUUCACGACGGCGCCCUUAGAUAAGGCUGGCGGGGAGACGCAGAUCGUCUGCUAUCCCGAGUGGCCCGACGGCCCCGGGCCGGGAUCCCUGUACGACUACAUAUAUACAGUGGUACUGAUGAUCCUGACGUACUUUCUGCCUGUGGGAUCGAUGACCUUUACUUAUGCUCGUAUUGGCAUGGAACUUUGGGGCAGUCAGAGCAUUGGUGAAUGUACACAACGCCAGGUGGAAAAUAUUCGCUCCAAGCGACGGGUGGUGAAAAUGAUGAUUGUUGUUGUGAUCAUAUUUGUGGUCUGCUGGCUGCCUACACAUAUCUAUUUUAUCGUGCUGUCCUACGUACCAUCUCUCAACCAGUCUACAUAUAUCCAAGAACUUUACCUGGGUAUUUACUGGCUCGCCAUGUCCAGCACCAUGUAUAAUCCCAUUAUCUACUUUUGGAUGAAUUCCAGAUUCCGUCGGGGCUUCAAACAGUUCUUCUCAUGGUGCCCGUUUGUGCACGUCCCGCCGGAGACGCUGUCUCGACGUGAAGCUGUCACGUCUCGCUACAGCUACUCAGGCUCCCCGGAGGCGCAGUGUCGCAUCAUGAGGAAUGGACGUAAUAUCAGACCAAGAAAACGCCUGUGAGGCUCGGAGAAACACCAACACCGCCACCUGC